AUGGCGGACGCCGAUGCCAUCGAUGCGCGCAUCUCGCCGGACUGUCCGCAGGACGUGCAGGCGGUUCUGCGAGCGGCCUGGUGCCACGACACUGCGGCGCUGAAGCCGCUGCUCAAGGGCCUGGGCAAGGCCAACUGCCGGGACCCGGCGACAGGCGAGAGCCCGCUGCAUGCAGCGAUCCGGUCGAUGGGUGCGGGAAGCGGGUCGGACGAGGAGAUGGACAUGACGGCGGCCGAAGCGACGGUGCGGCAGCUGCUGACGGCGGGGGCCAUCUGGAACGACGUGGACGACCACAACGAGACACCCGGCUGCGUGGCCUGGCGAUUGGGCCGGCCGGCGCUGUACGAGCUGUGCGUCAACGCGGGCGUGCGGGCCGAGAUGCUGUUUGCCGUUCUGGGCGGAUACGAGGAGCUCUCUUCGGGCGACGAGGACGAGGACGACGAGGGCGUGAUGGUCGAGGAGGAGGGGACGACGGCCGAGGAGGACGUGCUGGUCGAGGAGGAUGUGGUCGUGGUCGAGGCCGAGAAGACGGAUGCCGAGACCGAAGAGACCAAGGCCGAGGCGCCCUAUCUCGAGUCGCACCUGACGCUGACCGACGGCAAGCUCGUCGACGCGGCCGGCAACGGCGUCAUGAUGGCCUGGGAGACGGAUAUUAUGCGCCGCAGCGUCGACGGGCUGUUGGGUGAUGCUGGCGAGGGAAAGCGCGUGCUCAACAUCGGCUUCGGCCUCGGCAUCAUCGACAGCAUGCUGGCCGCCCGCCGUCCGGCCCGCCAUCACAUCAUCGAGGCGCAUCCAGACGUGCUCGCACGAUUGGACCGGCCAGCAGAGGCCCAGGAUGAAAGCCAUGACCACGCGGCUGACUUUGGCGUUGCCUGGGAGGCCACAGGACCACAGCCGGGCGCCUUCAAGGUCCAUCGCGGCCGCUGGCAGGAUCUCUGCCCUGUCCUGCUGGCCCAGGGCGAGCUCUAUGACGCGAUCUACUUUGACACCUUUGGCGAGGACUACGCCCAGCUGCACCGCUUCUUCUCCGACUACAUCCCCGGCCUGCUGCACGACGACGGCGUCUUUGGUUUCUUCCACGGUCUCGGCGCCGAUCGCCGCAUCUGCUACGACGUCUAUACCCGCGUCGUUGAAAUGCAUCUCUCCGAAGCUGGCUUCGACGUCACCUGGCACGAUGUCGACGUUGCCUUGGCUGAUGAUGGACUUGAUGCUCCUGGAAAGGGUGCCUGGGAAGGCAUCGUCCGUCCCUAUUGGACCCUAGACAAAUACCGUCUGCCCGUCUGCACGUUCAUGGGCUGA